AUUUCUUCCAGUUUGAAAAGCAGGAGCCGCCAUAUUUGAUUUGAAGUUUGCCUUCUUCAUUUGCCUUUGCGCCCGACGGUCGUCAAAAUUUUCAGCCUUUUCAGCUCGCUAUACCAUUCAAGCCAACCGAGGGUUCAUGACAACCGCGCUUUUAUAACUGUGGGCCAUAAAAGGGAGACAGAGAGCAAGUCAGAAUGGGUAAGCCGUUUUGGCCGAACGUGACCGGGAGUACCGUCAAAAAGGCCCGAGUCUACACCACCAAGAAGAACAGGAAGAAGAUCCAGUACAACACACGUGUAGUGGACGAUACGUGGGAAAGGAUGUGUAAGUUCAACCUGGGGGACGUCUCACCCUUCAGUUUGGACGACAGUCCAGUGGUCAAGCGGCUGGACGCUCGGACAGACGGUCAGGAGGAGUCCCCGGUGUGGUCGAAGGAUGGAGGGUUGUGUGGGGAGGAGGCUGUGAAAAGAGGCGGACCAUCACCAUGUAAGGAUGUGACAUCAGACUGGAACAACAGGACAGCACCGUCCAGCAACAAAGAGAACAACCUGAAACACAAGAAAAAAACAAGAAGGGUUCAAAAUGCCCUUGACAUGUCCAGUGACAGUGAUUUUUUGCCAAGCCAGAAGAGGAAGCGAAAGGCUCCCGCUCGACAGAAAAAGGCUUGUUCCAAGAAAGGAACGAAGAAAGCUCGUACAAAAGCCCCUGUGAAAACUGGCCAGUAUUCCUCUAAUUCUGAAGUACAGGGCAAAGGUGCAAACCACUCAGGACUCGGCCAUGUGAUUUCACAGAAGAGUAUGAACUUUAGCAAUACCUGGGGUGAGGAUGAGACAAGUCCUACAUACAACAACGUCCUAGGAGAUGCCUCUCUCCAAAAUGACAAGUCUUCAUCAAGCCACGCCCAUAACUCGUCCUUUUUCGACGAAUUGGUUCGGCAACGUUUGGACAAGUUUGUGACGAGGGACAGGAAAGCAAACACGCCGCCUUUCUUCGCGUCUCCCCUGGAUGGAACACCCAGCCAGGCGCAGCGAGAGAGUGGCAGUACAGCGCAGCUAGAGAGUCCCAGUGUAGACUGCAUGGAGCCUCCUGUAGUGAUGCUGUCUAACAUCUCGAACACUAGUAACAGGGAAUUAAUGGAGAACAUUGAUGUUGUGCUGGCGAAGGUAUCCUCAGACUCUUCAGAGGUGUUGGGUAGUCCCAAGGAACUAUCUUCUGCAGAGUUUGUUGUUCCAGAGUCGCCAAUAGAAGAGGAUGCCUCCGAGCUGUGUGCAGAGUUGUCUCCAGAGGCCACGCUGUUCAGAACGAGCACCCCCUGCAAACAGGAUCAUGCAAACAACCUCAGACAAGAAUCUAAAAGAAAACCUCAGGGUACAAGAAAACAGCCUUCUCGCCGCACAAAGCAGUCCAAAGGAGAAGCGGACGCACCACCUCCCAAGCGGCGCAGAGCAAAGAGCAGAACCACAGAGGAUGACGGUCAUGAUUCCAACCCCAGGAAAGUAGCGAAAACAAAACCGUCUCAGGGUACAAGAAAACAGCCCGCUCGCCGCACAAAGCAGUCCAAAAGAGACGCGGACGCUCCACCUCCCAUGCGACACAGAGCAAAGAGCAGAAUCACAGAGGAUGACGGUCAUGAUUCCGAGAGUUGCCACGGAAACACGACUAGCAAGGACAGAACAUUGAGAACAAGGCAGAAGAAGAAAAGUUCUAAGUCUGUGACGCCGUGUUCUGUCAUUAUGUCCAGGCUCAGCGAAGACGAUAUACAAAGGCUAUCAGCUGCAGGGAACAGAACUUCCAGAAGGAAAAAACAGUCAGGCAAUGUCAGAGAGUGCCAGAAGGAUGUGAAAAAAGGCAAAAAUAACAAGAGGACAUCAGCGCAGCAGAGGCAGAAAUCUUCCACAGAUGACUGCUUCAAAACACCCAAAACGCCUGCUUUACGUGCUGUCUUCACACCUAACACACGUGAUCUGUCCACUCCGGGUUGCCGUGUCACGCCCACCAGCAGCCGCAGGGCCAAGUCACCAGGGUCCGGUGUGAAGCAGACGCCCCUGCGGGGGUCUGCGGGCAUCCCCAGCAGGACACAGAGCAACAUUAUGUCUCCUUUGUUCAAGAAAGCAGUGCAGAACAGGUUGAGGAUGAGCCCCAAGGAAAAACUCUUGCUCCACUGUGAGCAAGAGAGAAUCCUCACCUUCCAGGAGUGUAUUCCCAGUGAGACCAUGAAGAAAUGUAAGAAGAUCGGAGAGGGUGUUUUUGGCGAAGUCUUUCAGACAACGAAAGAGAAUGGUGACAAAGUAGCAAUCAAGAUCAUUCCAAUAGAAGGGGACUUCCUUGUCAAUGACGAACCUCAGAAGAAAUUCGAUGAGAUCCUCCCAGAGAUUAUCAUUUCAAGAGAAUUAAGUGAACUCAAGCAUGGCACCCGCAACCAGACAAGUGGCUUCACUCCACUGCAUCGAGUAUGCCUUGUCCAGGGCACGUGGCCCAAACACCUUCUGUCCAUGUGGGACCAGUGGCACAAAGAAAGGAAGGAGGGUUCAGAGAAUGACAGGCCAGACAUGUUCCCGGACUCCCAGCUUUUCAUUGUGAUGGAGUUUGCAGACGGUGGCUGUGAUUUGGAACACUAUCAGUUCCACAGUUUGAGCCAAGGGAAGGCUGUACUACACCAGAUCUGUGUCGCCCUGGCCGUGGCGGAGGAGGCGCUAGAGUUUGAACAUAGGGAUCUCCACUGGGGGAACGUGCUAGUGAAGAAAAUGGACUCCGGCGAGAAAAUCUCCACCCACCGUCUGAAUGGAGAGGAAGUGUGCAUCCCUACGAGUGGAUUGGAGGUGAACAUCAUCGACUUCACACUGUCCAGGAUGCAGAAGGAUGGCCAGCCCCUGUACUGUGACCUUUCAGCAGACCCCACCUUGUUCACUGGGGAGGGAGACUACCAGUUUGACAUCUAUAGGAAGAUGAAGGAGGAAAAUCAGAAUGACUGGAAGAGACACCAUCCCUUCACGAAUGUCUUGUGGCUUGAUUACUUAGCCAGCAAACUCCUCACGAAGAAGUUCAAGUCCUCCAAGAAAUGUCUAAAGCCAUGGGAACAGAAGUUCCAAACCUUCCGCAAGGAAGUCUUGAAAUGCAGAACAGUUGCGCAGGUGUUGAAGGAAUGUCAGCUUUUUAAGGACAAAUAGAGUACAUUUUGUAUUUUGAAUACUGUAAUGGCAUGUUUUCUAUGAUGUAAAACUGGCUGUACUGUUGCAUUGAAUCUUUGAUACUAUUAUUUUGUCAUACUUUGGCCGUGAUAGCGUUAGAUGCAGGUAUUACUGAUCAGAUGAUAACUUGCGUUAUCACACAGGGCUCUACUUUUGUCACACAGACUUCCAUAGAGUAAUUACACUUCGGGUGCACAAAGUGUGCUGCUGUCUUAAUUUUGAAUACCAGAGUCAGCUUUUAGAAUUGCUGUUGUUACCAUAUUUUGCCGCAAACUCCUGAUGCAUUUUAUAUUGAAAUGUGUUUUUCCUUGGGUGGGUAGGACAUAAAGGAAAAAUAAUACGAUGUACUCUGCAUCACUCUUAAAUCCAACCUGCCCGUGGCUUGGGUAUUAUAGAUUACACGAUCUUGUGUACUACAUGUAUAUGUUGUUAUGUACAAACAGGUAUUUUUCCUUCAGUUAGGAAAAACUAAAGCAUGACUUCCCACAUUUGUAGAGUAUUGUAAAAAUGUUUUAUAAACUACUGAAAAGUAAAGUCUUGUGUACUACAUGUAUAUGCUGUUAUGUACAAACAGGUAUUUUCCCUUCAGUUAGGAAAAACUAAAGCAUGACUUCCCACAUUUGUAGAGUAUUGUAAAAAUGUUUUAUAAACUACUGAAAAGUAAGUAGCUGUGUAGUUUUUUUAGAUUUUCUAUCUGAACAUUUAAAGUUAUCAUAUCUCCAUUGUUACCUUUUCAAUUAUUGUAUCAUAAUAAAUUAUGUAUCAUUGUAAAACUUCCGGCAAUUGAUUAAGUAACAAUUGGUAUUUUCGACAAAAGUGUCCAAUUUGCUGAUUAAUAAAUGUUGCAUUGAUAAGUUUGUAAAACAGUAUACUACAGUAGCAUUAUUAGUGGAUUGAUAAAUAUAUUUUAUUACUUACAAUAAAAAACGAUUUUAACAUGA